AUGUCCAACACGGCCGAGGAGGCACCGUCAUGGUCUUUUUGGUCACUGCCAAACGAUAUCAUCUUAGACGUUUUAGCACGUGUUCCGAGACGGUAUCAACCAAUUCUCUCUUGCGUGUCGAAGAAGUUACAAUCUCUAGUACGUUCCUCUGAGCUUCAGGUAACACGAUCUCUCCGGGGAAAAGAGGAUCGCUUCUACGUCUGCCUUGGAAAUUAUGAGUCGUGUCAUUGGUUCACUUUCACUGAGAGUCAUCAUCGUUUGGCCUCGAUCUCGAUCCCUUAUCCGCGCGAGCGUUACUCUACAACUACCAUUAUGGUUGGUACUGAUAUCUACUUUGUGGGCGGCUGGAGAAACUUGUGGAUCCUGGACACUCGGUCUGGAGAGUUGCGUCAGGGUCCAAAGUCGCCUGUGUUGAGAGAUAGAGCAGCCGUGGGACUAGUUAACGACAAGAUUUACAUUUUUGGAGGAUUUUGUCGGAAAAAAUACUACGAAGAUAUCCAAGCGCAAGCGUUUGACCUAAACACGCAAACUUGGCAAUUCGCGCCAAACCCUAGCGUGCGAGUGGAUAGUCUAUGUAAGCCUGUGGUAACCCCGGCACUAGGCAGAAAAAUAUAUGUGGGUGGUCACGACGUCAUAGUCUAUGACACUAGAGAUGGUACAUGUGACAAAAUUAUAAGAGCUGAUGUUCAGAACUUCAGCACUCAAAAUAUCUGUGUGGUAGACAACGUGCUAUACGCGCAUGUCCAUAAUGUUGGGUUAAUGUGGUAUGAAUCUAAGGCUAAAGAAUGGAGCGUGGUUCAUGGUUUGAAGUUUAAGGGUUUUUUCUCUAGUAUCAAAAUAGCUGAAUACAAUGGAAAGUUGGCGUAUUUGUGGCAUAAUUUGAAGAAUAGAGAGAUUUGGUGUUCAGUGAUCGCCUUGUAUGGGAGUCGUAAUGUAGCCAUUCGAGGGCGUAUCGAGUGGUCUGACCGUCUACUUUCCGACGUUCCUUCUAACUACGUCAUUAAACAUUUUAUGGUUUGUACGGAUGAUUAUAAGUGA